AGUAUUAUUUUGGUUAGCUCCUAGCAUGGUAGCCAUUGUGUAGAAUACAUGUUUUUUUUUUUUUUAUAAUUAAUUUAUUAGUUUGUCAGACCAAAGACGGACAUGGCCUUCCCGGCGCCAAUAUGGCUGGCAGUUCAGGAGGAGCUGCUGGGAAGCAUCGAGCCUGAGGAGGACUACGGAUCCCGGAGCUGCUUCGACGGUUUCACGGACGAAGCUUUGUUUGAGACCUUCCACCUCUCCAGACCCUGCAUCGCUUUCAUCACAGAAGCCGUCCGCGUUCGCCUCAAGUCGGCCGCCUUUAAAAGGAGUCCGCUGCCCGCGGAUGUAAUGCUCAUGGCAGCGCUGAACUACUACGCUCACGGCCUGUUCACCCCAGCCGUGCAGCAAAAGGUUCCUCCUGUCAGCCUCACCGCCGCACUCAGCGCCGUCUCCGGCGUCAUUGCAGGAAUGUCCGAUGUUUUCAUCUCCUUCCCGCUGACCGUUGAAGCCAGAAGCAGGACCGCGUCCAAGAUACAGGAGCUGUGCGGGAUUUCCGACGUCCUGGGAGUCCUGGCCCCAGCGCACUUUAAGAUCAGAGCCUCUCCCUACGACAAACCAUCGUUCAAGUCUUUUAUUAACGUCAUGGGUUACACAUCGGUGGUGAGCCAGUUCAUCUGCGACUGUGAGGGCAACAUCCUGAGCGUGGAAAAAUGCUGCGUGGGCAGCACGUUUGAACAGGAGUUAUGGGACUCCUCGUUUAAAGGGAGGGAGGUGGAGGAAGAUCUUCAUGGAGCAUUUUGGUUUAUUGGUGGAAAAGGCUACAAGCUAAGCAAACAUGUCUUGACUCCUGUGUCGGAGCCGAUGAGCAUCAGGGAAGUCCGUUUCAACGAGGCCCAUGCAAAGAUGGACAAAGUCAUGCAGAAGAUGCUGUGUUCCAUGAAGACGCGUUUCAGGUGUCUGCAGCAGCUUGGCUUUGCUGAGGAAACCUCUUUGAACAAGAAGUCGAACAUUAUAAAGGCGUGCAGCGUGCUGCACAACAUCGCUAAAAAGUUCUCAGUUCCUCUUCCACCUGCCGCCGGAAAGGAAGAGCUUCCAUAUCCAGGCAAGCCGUAUUCAGCUCCAAUGGAGAUCAACCAUGAGGCACUAAGAGCCCGACAGGAACUGAUUGACAGAAACUUCCCCAACUGUUAAGGGUGAUUUUGCACCAACCAUCUAAAAGAGGAUGUGUAAGAUUGUUAUCUGCCGUGCAAGCAAGCAGAAACAGGACAUAUUUAAUGCAUUUUCUCUUAUCUGGAGUUAUUUUUAUAUGUAAUUCUACUUUGUUUUUAAAUGGCUGAGAAGGGUGUGUAUCCUCUCCACAGGAAAAAAAUACAAGGUCGGUUUUUUUUGCCUUUUGACAUCACUAAAGACAAUAAAUUGUUUUCAUGUAUUUAUACAACAUCCACUA